UUCAAUACAGGUAUUUCGAAUGUCCGAUAGGAAACUCAUCGAUAGUGACCGAUGUAUCGACCAUCACAAAUCCUGAUCCCAUGACACCUUCUCACGAUCCCACGACACCUUCUCACGAUCCCACGACACUUUUUCAAAAAUUGUCGACAAAUGGAGAAAUUGUAAAAACGGACAGCGAGACGCAGAUGUGCCAAGGCAAAAUCGAAAUGACUGUAGGACUUUUGAUCGCCUUAGCCUUACUUGUCGUAUCUUGGGUGGUGUUCGGAGUCGCAUUUAUGCGAAACCGGUCGAAGGUCACCUCGCGCAACCCGGAUGUCGGAAGAACUGGGGCGGAAGAAUCAAAUACUCGGGAAAUCGUGGUAAAUGCCAUAUAUGGAGACAACUUCGGUAGAAUGGGAGACGAUUCGCAGCCGAGUAGCUCGAAUGCUGUCUAUAGCGUGGUCAAUAAGAGACGACAGACAGUUAGCACGCCACCUCGCUAAUUUAGUCACAGGGUCGGCCUCAACCACUGCUAAGCACUUUCUUAAGUCCCGUGGUAUGUGUAACAGGUUAGGGUCAGGC